CUCUCAUUGGCUGCGGGGCUUGGAAAAAAGACUCGGCGAGCCCUCGCUGUGGUGCUGCCGCCGCCGCCACCGCCGCCGCUGGAGUUGACUCUUCUGCUCGCACUGCCGCUGCAGCACGAACGUGACUUCCAACAUUUUUUAUUUAUCUUUCCCUUUUCUUUUCCAAGAUGUAACUACAGAUCAGACACUAAGGACCUUCACGUUUCGCUGAUGUAGUUUUUGGAGGAAAAAGGGGGGAAGCGAAGGGCGUCGGUUUUUUUUUUGUGUGGUGUGUGUGUAUGUGUUUCGGGGGAAAUUUUCCAUUAUGAGUGUUUUACUAAAGUGAAUUUUUUGUUUUUGUUUUUGUUUGCUUCGUUCGUCUUUGGCUCUUUUUUUUUUUUCCUUCCCAAUUUUGGAUUUAUUUCAAGGCGAAUCUGGCUUUGGGGACGACGAGAAAAAGUCGGAUUACAAGAUUCACCACCACCACCAACAAUAAAAACCACCAGGAUAUUUUUUUGCAAAUUUCUGACGGCUUUAAAUUCAUGAAGCAAUUGUCCCCUUUUGCAAUCAGCAUUUGGAUCUCAGAAUGAGCAAGGAAAGACCCAAGAGGAAUAUCAUUCAGAAGAAAUACGAUGACAGUGAUGGGAUUCCAUGGUCAGAAGAAAGGGUGGUACGUAAAGUCCUCUAUCUGUCUCUGAAGGAGUUCAAGAAUGCCCAGAAGCGGCAGCACGGGGAAGGCAUUGCUGGGAGCCUCAAGGCAGUGAACGGGCUCCUUGGUAAUGACCAGUCUAAGGGAUUAGGACCAGCGUCAGAACAGUCAGAGAAUGAGAAGGACGAUGCAUCCCAAGUGUCCUCUACUAGCAACGAUGUUAGUUCUUCAGAUUUUGAAGAAGGGCCGUCGAGGAAAAGGCCCAGGCUGCAAGCACAAAGGAAGUUUGCUCAGUCUCAGCCGAAUAGUCCCAGCACAACUCCAGUAAAGAUAGUGGAGCCUCUGCUACCCCCUCCAGCUACUCAAAUUUCUGACCUCUCUAAACGGAAGCCUAAGACAGAAGAUUUUCUUACCUUUCUCUGCCUUCGAGGUUCUCCUGCGCUGCCCAACAGCAUGGUGUAUUUUGGAAGCUCUCAGGACGAGGAGGACGUUGAGGAGGAAGAUGACGAAACAGAAGACGUCAAAACAGCCACCAACAAUGCUUCAUCUUCAUGCCAGUCCACCCCCAGGAAAGGAAAAUCCCACAAGCACGUCCACAACGGGCAUGUUUUCAACGGUUCCAGCAGGUCCACACGGGAGAAAGAGCCUGUUCCAAAACACAAAAGCAAAGAGGCCACUCCCGCGAAGGAGAAGCACAGCGAGCCCCGGGCUGACGGCCGAAGGGAGCAGGCCUCCACGACGCCCCCCGCAGCGGCCCCCUCCACUGGCCCCCCGGCCAAGGGGCCCGCCGCCCACCACCACCACCCCCCUCUGCAUCGGCCGGCUCAGGACUUACGGAAACAGGUCUCUAAGGUCAACGGAGUCACUCGCAUGUCAUCUCUGGGUGCAGGUGCAGCCAGUGCCAAAAAGAUGCGCGAAGUCCGACCUUCACCCUCCAAAACUGUGAAGUACACUGCCACAGUGACGAAGGGGACUGUCACGUACACCAAAGCCAAGAGAGAACUGGUCAAGGAAACCAAACCCAAUCACCACAAGCCCAGUUCAGCUGUCAACCACACAAUCUCAGGGAAAACUGAAAGUAGCAAUGCAAAAACCCGCAAGCAGGUGCUAUCCCUCGGGGGGGCGUCCCGGUCCACCGCGCCCGCCGUCAAUGGCCUCAAGGUCAGUGGGAGGUUGAACCCAAAGUCAUGCACUAAGGAGGUGGGGGGGCGGCAGCUGCGGGAGGGGCUGCGGAAUUCCAAGAGGAGACUGGAAGAGGCCCAGCAGGCGGAGAAGCCGCAGUCGCCCCCUAAGAAAAUGAAAGGGGCGGCCGGCCCCGCCGAAGCCCCCGGCAGGAAGGCCCCGGCCGAGAAACCGCUGCUCAACGGACACGUGAAGAAGGAAGUGCCCGAGCGCAGCGUGGAAAGGACCCGGCCGAAGCGGGCCACGGCCGGGAAGAACACGCCAGGCAGACAAGCACACGGCAAGCCGGACAGCGUCCCCUGUGAAAAUCGUUCUACCUCGCACCCGGAGCCCUCGCACAAGCCGCACGACUCGGCGGCCAAGGCCGAGAAGGGGGGCGGCAGGUCCGGGUGGGCGGCCAUGGACGAGAUCCCCGUGCUCAGGCCCUCCGCCAAGGAGUUCCACGACCCGCUCAUCUACAUCGAGUCGGUGCGCGCUCAGGUGGAGAAGUACGGGAUGUGCAGGGUGAUCCCCCCUCCGGACUGGCGGCCCGAGUGCAAGCUCAACGAGGAGAUGCGCUUCGUCACGCAGAUCCAGCACAUCCACAAGCUGGGCCGGCGCUGGGGCCCCAACGUGCAGCGGCUGGCCUGCAUCAAGAAGCACCUCAGAUCUCAGGGCAUCACCAUGGACGAGCUCCCGCUCAUAGGAGGCUGUGAGCUCGACCUGGCUUGCUUUUUCCGGCUGAUCAACGAGAUGGGCGGCAUGCAGCAAGUGACUGACCUCAAAAAAUGGAACAAACUCGCGGACAUGCUGCGCAUCCCCAAAACUGCCCAGGACCGCCUGGCCAAGCUGCAGGAGGCCUACUGCCAGUACCUGCUCUCCUACGACUCCCUGUCCCCCGAGGAGCACCGGCGGCUGGAGAGGGAGGUGCUGAUGGAGAAGGAGAGCCUGGAGAAGCGGAAGGGGCCGCUGGAGGGCCACGCCGAGAACGACCACCACAAGUUCCACCCCCUGCCCCGCUUCGAGCCCAAGAACGGGCUCAUCCACGGCGUGGCCCCCCGGAACGGCUUCCCCAGCAAACUCAAGGAGGUGGGCCAGGCCCAGCUCAAGACGGGCCGGCGGCGACUCUUCGCUCAGGAAAAGGAAGUGGUCAAGGAGGAGGAGGAGGAGGACAAGGGCGUCCUCAACGACUUCCACAAGUGCAUCUAUAAGGGAAGGUCUGUUUCUCUAACAACGUUCUAUCGGACAGCAAGAAACAUCAUGAACAUGUGUUUCAGCAAGGAGCCUGCGCCCGCCGAGAUCGAGCAAGAGUACUGGAGGUUGGUGGAGGAGAAGGACUGCCACGUGGCCGUGCACUGUGGCAAGGUGGACACCAACACUCACGGCAGCGGGUUCCCAGUGGGGAAGUCGGAGCCCUUUUCAAGGCAUGGAUGGAACCUCACCGUCCUCCCCAAUAACACAGGGUCCAUCCUGCGUCACCUCGGUGCUGUGCCUGGAGUGACUAUUCCUUGGCUAAACAUUGGCAUGGUUUUUUCUACCUCAUGCUGGUCUCGAGACCAAAACCACCUUCCCUACAUCGACUACUUACACACUGGUGCUGACUGCAUUUGGCCCUUCCUGGCUGCUCUGCCUGCAGAACUGGGGGUGCCACAGAUCCUCUGGGAACGCCCCCACCCCAUCAGCCCAGACAGUGGGGAGGUCAGUGCACCUUGCUGCACUCAGAGGAAGCCCAUGGAGUCCGAGUGGUGCCAGGGUGGGUGGGACAGGGCUCGGUGGGCUGCAGGAGAGGGCAUGCCUCAGUGUGCCCUGUGUCUCCAGAUCUCCCCGGAGGUGCUGUGCAGGGAGGGGAUCCAGGUGCACAGGGCCGUGCAGCAGAGCGGCCAGUUCGUCGUCUGCUUCCCGGGCUCCUUCGUGUCCAAAGUGUGCUGCGGCUACAGCGUCUCGGAGACGGUGCACUUCGCCACCACCCAGUGGACCAGCACGGGCUUCGCCACCGCCAAGGAGGUAAAGCGUCGCCACAUAGCCAAGCCGUUCUCCAUGGAGAAGCUGCUCUACCAGAUCGCUCAGGCCGAGGCCAAGAAGGAGAACGGCCCGACGCUCAGCACCAUCUCGGCCCUUCUGGAUGAGCUCAGGGACACGGAGCUGCGGCAGCGCAGCCCCGUGUCUGCAGGCGACAUGCCCGUCAAGAAGUGCCGUUCCCCCGUCCAGCCAGUCCUCUCCUCUGCUCAGAUACCACAGAACACCACGGCGCCCCCCCAGCUCAGCGACACCUGCACGGAGUUCGCGAGCCUCCUGGGGAAGCAUCGCAUGUAUUGUCUUCCCAGCCCAAAGGAGAUAGUGUCCCUGGGAAACCUGCGCCAUUCGAGGCCACCCUCAGUCAGCUCUCCACUGUCCUCGAAGACCGUGUGGUUUCUUUACCAUGGGUGGGGACGGCACGCCUGCCCGGGGAGGUCCCCACACGCCGUGACCCCCGCUGCCCCACAGGUGGUGCAGGAGCAUGAGAACGUCGUCUUCUGCCUGGAGUGCGCCCUGCGCCACGUGGAGAAGCAGAAGUCCUGCCGCGGCCUGAAGCUCAUGUACCGCUACGACGAGGAGCAGAUCAUCACCCUGGUCAACCAGAUCUGUGGCAAAGUCUCGGGUAAGAACGGCAGCGUGGAGAACUGUCUCAGUAAGCCUGCACCAAAAAGGGGGCCCCGCAAGAGAGCCACUGUGGACGUGCAGCCUUCCCGACUUUCACCCUCCAGUUCAUCCCGAAGUGCUUCGAGCGCAUCGUGAAGAUGCCCACCCCGUGGUCAAUUUAUAUAUAUUUUUUUGUAAUUAUUAUAUUCUAGUUUGGAGUACUUGCUGUAGGAUACAAGCUGUCUUUUGCACUAGCUCUAAAGAAGAUUUUCUUCUGGUUUUAGAGAACUAAUUUUGUUUUAGCAUUAAACUGUUGAACUUUUUUUUGUACUUAGAAUACCUAGAUACUGCAGUGAGAUUUUGGAAACUGCCGUAUAUUCACUGUUUUAAAACCCCGAGGGGCCGUAUUAAUUGAUAUCGCCCCCCUCCCCCCCACGGCUGAUGAAAGCCUUUUUUUUGUUUGUUUUGAUUUUUUUGUUGUUUUCCUUGUUUUUGUUUUUUGUUUUUGUUUUUUGUUUUGUAACUGUUGGGGAAAAAAAAAAGGCUUUUUAACCCAUUUUUGAAGAGGGUGAAGUUUGGAGAACAAAUUUUAAAACCAUUAGUCACGUGAGCAGAUUUUUCUAGAUCGGAAAAGGGAUAGGAGACAUACAACACACACCCACACACACACCCACACACACCGAAAAAAAAAACUUGAAAGAAAUGGCUUUACUUUGGCUGUCUUUUCUUCUGUCAUGUGCAAGAUGAGUUUGUGAUUUUGAAAACCGGAGAAGCCCCGUGUUGUUGUUUUGGGGCGGUCACGGCAGGGGGAGGGGGGGGCGUUGUUUCCUGAGCACGGCCACGCGAGGGGGUCGCCGAGGUUCUCUUUACCAGCACACACCACUAUGCAUCUGUCUGAGGGGAGCGCGAGAAGAAGAAAAAGACCGCCUGCCUUGGAGGGGUCGCGUGGGGAGACCUGUGCCUGAUUUCAUUAGGAAAUCCAUUCUGUUAUUUUUGGUGCUGUUGGCUACUUUAUCAAAAACCCUUCAAAAUCAUCCUUAAAAAAAAAAAAAAAAAAAAGAAAAGAAAAAAAAAAAGAAGUGAUUGAAGCCGCAAGUGCUUCUUGGUCAUCGACGUGCAAUUUCCUGACAUUCCACCCUCAUCUCGCCGCUUGUCCGACACCGUCGCAGGUCAGCAUUAAGCUCCGUUGGGACGUUGUGUGUGAUCGCAGCUAUCGAGCCACUAGGUGCGGUUCUCUUUGAAUGUGAAAAUGCAUUUGCGCUCAUUGUGUCUAUUUUUUCUCUUCAUGUUGUAACAAACAACAACAACAACAAAAAAAAACAAAAAAAAAAGAAAAAAAAAAAAGAACCCCACCCGUUUUGUACAUACGCCUGUAAAUUGUUUGAAAUACUUGAGCCUUUUUCUCGGUGGGGGUGGGGCGGGGGGAGAAGACGAGAUGAAGAAAAGCCUUACGUUCCCGUUUCUUCAUCGGCUGGGGUGGGGGGUUACAGGGUUUCUCUUGUAACAUGUCUAAGUGCUGCUUACAUCGCCGAACGACGACGUCGCCAUGCCCUUCUCCGGUUGUGUGUACAGUAUGUGUGGAAUCAAAAGGGAAACUGUCUUCGCUAGCUGUUCUCUGUUUCUAAUUGGACUCAGCCACCCGUAGCCUCCCGUGUUGCACUGAGCUCGCAGUGGGGACUGCCCGGCGCGGCCCGGGAUCCACUUUGUCGGUGGCGGUCGCAGAAGACGGAACUGUUCCGGAGUAUUUAACGAUGACGUAAGCCGAGUCGAGUGUUUCCAAUGUGGUUGUCCGGUUUUGAUGGCCUUGCUGUGUACGUUCCCUCUUUUUUGACAGUGAACUUCCGCCUAUGGCUUACAGUUUGACGUUUAAUUUAUUAGCGCUGCUCUGCACCCCCCUUGGGAGGGAAGACUUCAUGUGGUUUAUUGCCAGUUUUUUGUUUACUUUUCAGGUUUGUACUACAAGGUUUAAUAAUAAAAACGACGUUUUUUGGA